CUCUAUCCCUACAUUUCUGGAUCUUUAUAUCUCAUAAAGUUACGCAACCUGAUUACCUGACAUUUUUAGAAUAAAAGUAACUAGAUAUUGAAACAUUUUCGCGCGUUUAGUGCGCGGUAAUCAAUCGUAUGAGUGUUAUUUGUUAUUUGAAUUAUUAUUCGUAUUUAAUGUUUAUAUCAUUCGAACAGAAUAAAGCAAGAUGAAUAGGAAAAAGUUUUCAACGCCUUCCGCUGCAAAAAAGACUAAGUAUAGGGAUGAGGACGAUGAUGAUUUACCUGGUUCAUUUGAAGCCGAAUUGGCUACUAUGGAUGAAAUGGAAGAUGAUUUUGGUGAUAUGUCUCAAUUUAUUGAAGAGGGACCAGAACAAGAGAACACAUCUUCAAGGUGGAGUAGACCUCCACCUCCAGAUUUAAAUCCACAGAAAGAUGCUUUGAUUUUCCAACAAAUAGAAAUUGAUCAUUAUAAUGGUGCUCCAUUACCUGGAAUGCCAGGCAGUAAACUAGCACCUGUACCAAUAAUGAGAAUGUAUGGGAUUACAGAACAAGGAAACUCUGUUUGCUGUCAUGUUCAUGGAUUUUGUCCCUAUUUUUAUACUACAGCACCACAUAAUUUUAAUGAUGCCCAUUGUAGCCGGUUCAAGGACGCUUUAGAUAAAGCUGUAUUAAAAGAUAUGAGGUCUAAUCCAGAGAAAGUUCAAAUAGCUGUUUUAGCUGUUGAAAGAGUAUACAAACAAAACAUGUAUGGUUAUACAGGAAAUGAAAAAUCAUUGUUUUUAAAAAUUACAGUGGCACUACCAAGGUUAAUAGCACCUUGUAAAAGAUUACUUGAAAAAGAAACCAUUUUGCCAGACUUUGAUCAUAACUACCGUACUUUUGAGAGCAAUAUUGAUUUUGAUAUAAGAUUUAUGGUUGACACUUCAGUUGUUGGAUGUUCGUGGAUCGAAUUACCGCCAAAAAGCUGGAAAUUGCGUAACCAUCAUGGGCAUAAUUUACCCAUGAUUACAAGGUGUCAAAUAGAAGCAGAUGUUGCAUGGGAUGCUUUUAUUGCUCAUUCACCAGAAGGAGAAUGGUCAAAGAUUGCACCAUUUAGGAUACUCAGUUUUGACAUUGAAUGUGCUGGAAGAAAAGGUAUUUUCCCUGAACCGAAUCACGAUCCUGUUAUACAAAUUGCCAACAUGGUAAUAAAACAAGGAGAUCCUGAACCAUUUUUAAGAAAUAUUUUUACUCUUGAUACAUGUGCACCAAUUGUUGGUAGUCAGGUUCUGAGCUUUGAUAAAGAACAGAUGUUGCUAGAGAAAUGGGCUGACUUCGUGAGACAGUUAGAUCCUGAUAUUUUUACAGGAUACAACAUAAACAAUUUUGAUUUCCCAUAUCUAAUUAAUCGAGCGCAACACCUCAACGUGAAAGAUUUCAAUUUUCUUGGGCGAAUAAAAAACAUUAAAUCUGUAAUUAAAACAAAAGUGAUUCAAAGUAAACAGAUGGGCCGACGUGAGAAUAAAUCCGUCAACUUCGAAGGAAGAGUUCCAUUCGAUUUAUAUUUGGUACUAGUUAGAGAUUACAAAUUAAGAUCUUAUACUUUGAACGCAGUUUCAUAUCAUUUCUUACAAGAGCAGAAAGAGGAUGUGCACCACAGUAUUAUCACGGAAUUGCAAAACGGUAAUCCACAAACGCGUCGAAGGCUUGCUGUUUAUUGCUUAAAGGAUGCGUAUUUACCACUCAGGUUAUUGGAUAAACUAAUGUGCAUUUUCAUUUACAUGGAAAUGGCAAGAGUCACUGGUGUGUCCAUAGCCAGUUUAUUAACGCGUGGACAGCAAAUAAAAGUCGUGUCGCAAUUAUUAAGAAAGAUUAAAGAUAGAGACUAUCUGAUGCCAGGCCAUCAAGGCCAAGGCGGUGAUGAACAAUACGAAGGUGCAACAGUCAUAGAACCAAAACGAGGAUAUUAUAACGACCCUAUCGCAACUUUGGAUUUUAGUUCCCUGUAUCCCAGUAUUAUUAUGGCACACAAUUUAUGCUAUACAACGUUGUUAAAUAACGAGUCACAGCAUAAAUAUAAAAUCGACCCUGACAAUGUAACUAGAACUCCAAGUAACUCAAUGUUUAUCAAAGCUAAUGUUAGAAAAGGAAUUCUUCCAGAGAUUUUGGAAAAUCUUUUGACGGCCAGAAAAGUGGCAAAAGCUGAAUUGAAAAAAGAGACUGAUCCAUUAAAACAGAAGGUUUUAGACGGUAGACAGUAUGCUUUGAAAGUAUCAGCUAAUUCUGUGUAUGGCUUUACUGGCGCACAAGUGGGGAAAUUACCGUGCUUAGAGAUAUCUGCUAGCGUUACCGCGUAUGGACGGACGAUGAUAGAACGAACAAAACAAGAAGUAGAAGAUCAAUUUUGUGUUCUGAAAGGGUACAAAAACGAUGCUGUAGUUAUAUACGGUGAUACUGAUUCUGUCAUGGUUAAAUUUGGGGUGAAGACAAUAGAAGAAGCUAUGGAACUUGGAAAAGAGGCAGCGGAGUAUGUGACCUCAAAAUUCCUUAAACCGAUAAAAUUAGAAUUUGAAAAGGUAUACUUUCCAUAUUUAUUAAUUAACAAAAAGCGAUAUGCUGGUCUCUAUUUUACUCGUCCGGACAAAUACGAUAAGAUGGAUUGCAAAGGUCUUGAAACUGUCCGAAGAGAUAAUUGCCCAUUAGUAGCAAACAUGAUGAAUACUUGCUUACAAAAAUUACUUAUCGACAGAAAUCCUAAUGAUGCUUUAAAUUACGCAAAACAAAUUAUUAGUGAUUUGCUCUGUAAUCGUAUUGACAUAUCACAGUUAGUAGUUACAAAAGAGUUAACGAAAACAGACUACACGGCUAAACAAGCACACGUAGAAUUAGCAGCAAAAAUGAAAAAACGAGAUGCAGGAACAGCACCGAAAUUAGGUGAUCGAGUUCCAUAUGUUUUCAUAAAAGCGGCGAAAGGAACGCCAGCUUAUCAGAAAGCGGAAGACCCAAUUUAUGUAUUAGAGAAUAAUGUUCCUAUAGAUACCAAUUAUUAUUUAGAAAAUCAAUUAUCUAAACCUCUGGUGCGUAUUUUUGAACCAAUUCUUGGUGAAAAAGCUGAAUCGCUUCUUUUGAAAGGAGAUCACACUCGUACAAAAUCCGUUGCUACAUCAAGAGUUGGCGCUCUUUCUGCUUUCACGCGUAAAAAAGAAGUGUGCUUAGGUUGUAAAGCUGUGUUAGUCCCAGAAAGAGAAAAAAUGGCUUUAUGUGCUUACUGUGAACCGAAAGAGGCAGAAUUUUAUCAGACUGAAUUAUAUCUUGGAAGAAAAUUGGAGGAAAAAUUUUGUAGAUUAUGGACAGAGUGUCAGAGAUGCCAAGGAAGUCUUCAUCAAGAAGUAAUAUGUACAAGUCGUGAUUGCCCAAUAUUUUAUAUGAGAAAAAAGGUUCAGAUGGAAUUAGAUACCCAAAUGAAGCGAAUUGAGAGAUUUGGAAUUCCACAGUGGUAAAGUGACUACGGGAAAAUAUACAGAUGUUUUGAAAAUUUGGAACGUCCUGUUUUUAAGAGCAUCUAACCCAAGUGCCUGAUGUACCUCGGCGACACUUAAACACCCUGCCA